AUGCAACAACUACAGCAGCAACAGCAGCAGCAGCAGCAGCAGCAGCAACAACAACAACCACAAUACCAGCCAUAUCAACAGUAUCAACCACAGACAGCAGGCGGUGCAGGUGGUGAAGAAGAUGGCCUAAGGAAACCCACUCAUCGACGCACAAUUGACCAUGGAAACUCAAUCUCUCGGUGGAUGCUUGAACGCAAACUUGGUCUCAACAAGUCAGGGUCUUCGUCUGCCUCCAGAGCAAGUGUCUACCGUGUCCAGGCAGAGCCAAGUUACAUUGUAGACCUAUUACCACCUCAAGCUUAUGGAGGACACGCAGUGUCAUCAUUUGCUUCCAAGUUUGUGCAUACAAGCAUCAACAAGCUUCGGGUCCCGAUUCUCGUGGUUAGGUGGACACCCGAGGGCCGCCGGAUCGUGACAGGGUCGCGAUCAGGAGAGUUUACUUUAUGGAAUGGUAUGACGUUUAACUUUGAGUCUAUCAUGCAGGCCCACGAUAAUGCUAUUUGUGCCAUGACCCACUCCCAUUCUGAUGACUGGCUGCUAUCGGGCGAUCGUGAAGGUACCGUCAAGUUCUGGCAGCCCAAUUUCAACAACUUGAACAUUUUACAAGCACAUAAUGAGGUUGUGCGAGAUAUUGCAUUUUCUCCAAAUGACGCAAAGUUUGUAACAGCAUCUGACGACUCAACACUCAAGAUUUGGAAUUUUAACGACUCUUCAGAAGAGCGCACUUUGACUGGACAUGGAUGGGACGUCAACUGCGCGGACUGGCACCCAACUCUGGGACUGAUUGCUAGUGGGUCCAAAGAUAACCUGGUCAAGCUAUGGGACCCACGAGUGAGUGGUGCUCGAGCCGUGGUGGCGACGUACCACGGGUUUAAAAACACAGUAACAAGAACACGAUUCCAGCGGACCGGCGGACAAUCACUUCUUGCUAGUGGAUCAAAGGACCAAACUGUGCGAGUACUUGAUUUACGAACACUCAAGGACGUUGUUGUUCUUCGUGGUCACAACUCGGACGUGUGCUCCUUGACGUGGCACCCGGAACACGCGAACCUCAUUACCACUGGCACGCAGCUGGGAUCGAUUUGCCAUUUCCUGAUUGAUGAUCCCGUGGAAAAGGAGAGCGGACUGAUGCCUGCAGGUCAGAUUGUGCGCGCACACGAAAUGGCGGUGUGGAGUUUGGACUAUCACCCACUGGGCCACAUGCUUGUGUCUGGUGCAAACGACAAGACCACGCGAAUCUGGGCGCGUGCCAGACCUGGAGACAAGAUUGGAUAUGUAGACUGGUACCAUACGACACCAGAGGCAGCAGCAGCAGCAGCAGCAGCCGGCAACCCGGUUCCUGGCGCAGUUGGAAUGCCCGGCGUUAUUGGGUUGCCGCCAGGUACAAUUGGUGCAGGUGCAGGAGGUAUUAUGGGUGGAGGGGUUCCCGAGGACUUGAGUGCGAGUAGCAUCAAGGAUGGGCUGCAGAUUGAUGAUGGAGAGAUUUACGCAAAGAAGAAGAAGAAGAGUGGGUCUGUGAUUCCAGGUUUUGGAAAUGCACGAUAG